UCUCCUCCUGCCUCUUUUCUUUCCUCUCAGGCGAUGAAACUAGGGUUUCAUCACAAAAUUCGUAUUAGCCUAGAAACCAUCUCAGAAAUCUCUUCAAUCUUUUCAAUAACCUUCAAUCAUCGAUCUAUUUCCGGAGAAGUUAGAAGAAUUUGAAGGGUUUGAAGUACUGAAGGACUUUAAAUUUUUUUGAAGACUUGGAAGCCCAGUAAUGCUGCGAAAAUUUGAUAGCGGAGUGAUGGUAAUCCAAAGUAAGUCCCACAGUGAUGAGGAGGUGUUUGCCAGAAUAAAGGCCCUUGUACUGAAACCUGAGGCCCUCCGAUUGGAUGUAAGUGCAAGCGACGCUGCAAUAACUCUAGGAAUUGCCCCGUCAUUGGCGAAGGAGCAUCUUCUAACAGCUGAAACAAAAGGGCUUCUGUGCAGAGAUGUUAGUGCUGAGGGCUUUCGGUUUUAUAUUAAUCUCUUUAAAGAAAUUGAUCUACAUGACAUUCACCUGUUAAAAGACUACGGGGUUUACAACAACUGGGCUUCUGCUGUCUCUGUUUCUGGGUAAUCGGAGAUAUCAGUGUGUCUACUACUGAAAUUUGCAAGACCUUGAGCCAUCCAACUUAGUUAGCUUUUCAUACAUUGUCGCGUUGGGAACUCAAUCCUUCUAGUUUGGGAACACAAACCCAUUUCAAAAUCGUAAGUUUUGUUUCAUUUUUCCUUACUAUUCUAUAUCUGAACGGGAUUAAUCUGUACAUCUAAAAUCUGUCAAAAGUGGGUUUUGGACCAGAGGAAGGUGAUUGUAAAAAACUGAGCAAUUUGUACACUAGAGAAUGGUAAUAUGCAUUACUUAACACUAUCUUUCUGUAGCCAAUGCUCAACUAAGUAAAAACUUGUACUUUAUCUCACACUCAACCAACAGUAAAACCCUUGAAUACUUACUCGAAGUCAUUCCCACACUCAACCAACAGUAUAGUAUGCAAAUAUGCUUAGAAAACAGGCUUAGAAAACAGGUUAUAUUUGUACUAUUAAGUUUAAAUUUGUGGAUUUGACACUCAGUUUAUACUUGCGAGGUAUUGCGCUGGUGGGAAGUGAACUGCAGUGGGGUUGGCAUCAGAUGGAGUAAGUAUAAAUUGAACUAUAGCUUCUUUCUCCAAGUUUUAUAUCUAUUGUGUUCACAGGUUAUUGCAGAAAUUUUGUGUUCACAGGUUAUUACAGAUGUUUCUUUGCUUACAAGAUGGUGUCGUAACUGGUUGCAGUUGAAGCUGUGGUACAUGAUUAUGUUCAUUGACACCAUCAUGCUGCAAGGGGUUGGAUUGCCUACAUCGAGUUUUCUGAUGCCCAAGCUUUCAACAAAAGCAAUCCUGCAAAGGAUAUAAACCUUAGCUGCAAGGGUGGAGAACAAAGCAGCUUCAAGAUUUGUAAGUUGCGGUUAUUCAAGUUUUGUAGGCAGUUAGUAAGUUUUUAUGUUCCCUUAGAAUUUUGAAACCUUCCAUGUAUUCCCUUCGAAAUUUUGAUACUUUACCAAAAAACAAAAAAGUUUGGUACUAUGAGAAAUUUCAAAAGGUUUGGUACUUAGAGAAAUUUCGGUUCUUUUGUAAUUUAUAUCUGUCCAGUUCUUUUGUAAUACAAAUCUGAUAUCAAUUGAAUGAAUGUGAUAUGAAUAGAUUGAAGAAAUUGUUGUUGAGGGUGGAUGAUGAAUGUAUGCAGGUGUUGAAUUUAGAAU